CUUUUCUCUCUUCCGUCUUCCAUGUCUUCAUCUGCUGCGGCCGUCCGUGAACGUGAGGACGAUAACGAGGAUUUGGAACGGUCCUCAAAGCGUACAAAACUAGACGAUACAGUGUCAGAUAACGCCGAAGGGGAUCUCGCAACCGUGACCAUAGAAAAAAAGCAUGAACACAUCUUACCUCCUAGUCAUGCCCUUCUGGGCGUUCCUCUUCCCGUUGCUACAGAGCAGGGCGCAAUGAACUUUUUAGAAAAAGAUGUCGGAAUUUCUGAGUAUGUCGGGCAUGGUAUACCCAAAAUUGAGGGUAUCAUCAAGCAGAGGCGAGUCUGGUUUUCUAUCCACUACCAGAAAGCCUCUUCCGACGAGCCUUGGCCCGAAUCAUUCACGACGCGCCUCUCUGCUUUUCUCUCAGAAAGCGCGAUUACUCAAGUGAAAGAAAUGUAUCUACAGGGACCGGAACCACCUCGUGUCAGCGACUCAGGCUGGGCUAGCCGAGUUCCCAAAGCAGCUGAAGACGAAACCAAGACCGAUCCUGCCCCUGCGCCAGAACCAGAACCUGAGCAGCCAGAAGCCUCGACUCGCGGUAAACGCGGAGGGCGAGGCGGGAGGGGUGGACGUGGUGGACGUGGACGCGGAGGGGGAAGAGGAGGAGGGAGAGAAGAUACCAGGAGAGUCUUGUCGGAUCCGAUUGCUUCAAAGGCUACUAGAACUGGUCUACAUCAAGCUAUUCGCGAACUUUUCAAUGGAAAGCUUGACAGUGAAACGGAUGCUACCGCUCCUGAUACUGAUGAAGGAUCAAAAAUUGUCAUUAAAUGGUCGAAAAGUCGUGGAGGGCGCGGAGGGCGUGGGGGCAGGGGAGGUCGAGGAGAACGAGCUCCACGAGGGACAUACCCUCCUUAUAUUCAUUUCACGCUCCAGAAAACCAAUCGCGAUACCCAGGAUGCUCUUGGGCAUCUUUCUCGCUCCCUGCACGUCAGCGUGAAAGAUCUUUCCGUGGCGGGUACGAAGGACAAGCGUGGUGUGACCGUCCAGCGAGUGUCGCUUAAGAGAGGAAGCAAAACGGUCGAGGACGUGUGGAAACUCGCCAAUGGUCUGAAUGGACGUCGGACGAUUGAAGAUGCCCUCAAGUUCCGUGGCGAACGGGGGCUGAGGAUUGCCGAUUUUAACUAUCGCAAGGCCGGCUUGGAGCUAGGGAUGCUGAAAGGUAACGCAUUCCUAAUUACGUUGCGGAACGUCCGUGUGGAAUCAGAGCAAAGCAUGAAUGAAGCAUUGGAAGUUAUCAAGAACAAAGGGUUCAUCAAUUACUACGGUAUGCAGCGCUUUGGUACGGCAUCGGUGCCUACCCAUGCCAUUGGACUCGCGCUGCUGCAAUCCGAUUGGCAGAAAGCCGUAUCCCUUAUUCUCCAGCCCCGGUAUGGUGAACAUCCUGACGUUGAAGCGGCCCGGAAUGCCUGGCUCGUCGAUCGUGACUUAGACAAAGCUCUUGAACUCAUGCCGAGACGAGUCGUUGCCGAGCGAUGUCUGUUAGAAAGCUUCAAGACCCAAAAGGGUGAUACCAGGAAUGCCAUGGGUGCAUUAGACACAAUUCCCAAAAAUCUUCGUCUAAUGUAUGUGCAUGCAUAUCAGUCAUACGUAUGGAAUGCCAUUGUCUCGGAACGUAUACGGACCUAUGGAGCGGACAAACCCGUUCCCGGGGAUCUGGUGUUCGAUACUCCAAGUAUGGACGCGGACGAACCUAGCGCAGAAAAAGAAGAAGAAAGAGAAGAACCUACUUCAUCUCGGGGUGGGAAGAAGGCGAGGAAACCUUACGUGGCUCCAGUAGUGAAGACCCUUACGGAAGAGGACGUCGACAAGUAUAGUAUCUUCGACGUUAUCAUGCCUCUACCGGGAACAGAUGUCGCCUACCCCGGCGGGAAACUCGGCGAAAGAUACCGGGAGUUUCUUCAGAUGGAUGGCCUCGAUGCCGACAAUUUUGUUAGGAAGCAAAGAAUCUACACGCUGAACGGGUCGUACCGAAAGAUCCUGCACCUUCCAAAAGAAAUGUCCUGGUCUGUUCUACGGUACACGGACCCCGAUGUGCCCCUUGCGCAGGCAGACGAGGACAAGUUGCUCGGAUUCGAUGCUCCAAUUACUGUCGAAGAUGGCAAAUUUAUGGCCCUCCAAAUACAGCUAAUCCUUGGAACGGCAGCCUAUGCUACCAUGGCCCUUAGGGAGAUCACUAAAGCAGAGACGAGCUCUCAUUUCCAGACAAACUUGACUGCUACGUCUGAAGACCAAAAGUUCCGAGGAACAGGAGAUGGGGAAGCGGUUGAAGCUGCCAUUGAAGGCGACGUGGUUGAAGAGGUAGCCGAAGAGUAAAUUUAUUAAAGUAUCUGUAUUUUGUGGUGGGUACCUGCGAUUGCCGUUGUAGCCAUUGCCGGCGAUCAAUAGCCGGAAUCAACGCAAAUGACAUAACUUCCACGUUGAC